GACCCUCUGUCGGCAGCCAUCUUGAAUUCAGCUGAUGCUCGUCUUAGUUUGCAUAAUAUUUCUACAUAUUUAACUAUGUUAUCUAGAGGAAUACGAGGAUUUAGACUGUCAGCACUGCUCUCUAAACAUGCGACGGCAGCUUUGCUCACAAAGCAAAGGGGUUAUGCUGGAAAAGUUAAUGAAGCUGAGUUUGAAUUAAGAGAUUUUAAGCUUCAUCACCUGGAUGAGGGCCCUCCAAAGAAGGCAGUAAUGACAAGGGAUGAGGGUUUACUCUACUACAAGCAGAUGCAAACCAUCAGGCGUAUGGAGACUGCCGCUAGUAAUCUGUAUAAAUCCAAAGACAUCAGGGGUUUCUGUCAUCUGUAUUCUGGUCAAGAGGCAUGUUGUGUUGGUAUGGAGAAUGCAAUAGACAAGGAUGACAGUGUUAUUACAGCCUACAGAUGUCACGGAUGGAGCUUCAUGCGAGGAGUGUCACCUAAAGGCGUGCUCUGUGAAUUAACAGGUCGUAAGACAGGUUGCACAGAAGGCAAGGGAGGCUCUAUGCACAUGUAUGGUCAUGAAUAUUAUGGAGGCAAUGGUAUUGUUGGUGCACAGGUUCCUCUUGGGGCUGGGGUUGCUCUGUCUCAUCAAUACAAGGGAAAUGGAAAGAUAUGUUUGACCCUUUAUGGUGAUGGUGCUGCAAACCAAGGACAGUUGUUUGAGACCUAUAACAUGGCUCAGCUGUGGAAGUUGCCUUGUGUUUUUGUCUGUGAGAAUAAUGGAUAUGGAAUGGGUACGGCUGUGGAAAGAGCAGCCGCUACUACAGACUACUAUAAGAGGGGGGAUUUCAUUCCUGGCCUUUGGGUUGAUGGCAUGGACCUCUUGACUGUUAGGGAAGCGACAAAGUUUGCUGCAAAUUGGGUCAGAUCUGGAAAGGGACCAUUUCUAUUGGAGAUGAGCACCUACCGUUACUAUGGACACAGUAUGAGUGACCCUGGAACCAGCUACCGCUCACGUGAUGAGAUCCAAACUAUCCGUAAAACCAGGGAUCCCAUAACAGGGUUGAGAGAGACUCUGCUGGACUCAGGGCUGGCUGAUGUUGAUGAUAUCAAGAAAAUUGAGGAGGAAGCCAAAGCACAUAUUGAAGAGUGUGUCAUAGCAGCCAAGAACGACCCAGAACCGCCACUUGAUGACUUAUUCUUGGACGUGUAUGCUGGUGAAACCAUGAAGGAUGAAAAGAUUAGAGGCUGUGAAUACUUCUCAUGGCAUGCUACCAACUAAUUCCUACCAAGACCUCUAUCCCUUUCCUUUAUUCCUUCACUUUUUCCCAUGAUAUUUUGAGUUACCUCUUGCACUAUUUUCAUGUCGAUCAAAAGUAUUUUAAAACUCUUUUGAGCCUGUAAGAAAAGACAUGGAAAGCAGGUUGGAUGAGUAGCAUUAAGCUUAAGGUUAGGAAGGGUAGGGUGGAUGGGGAUAAAAUUUAUAAUAUUUAAAAGAAGGAGGUGAGGUAUUCGUGUGUUAGAUGAUGUCUAGAAUAAUUUGAGGAUGAUCAAAAAUAGCUUAUGUCUUGUACACUGAAGGAAAUCAUAUUGCUUCCUGGUCUAUCUUGGGUAGAGUGUCUGUCUAUCAUACCCUAGAGUAUUUUUACCCAAGCUAGACCAGAAUGCACCUUGCUUUAUAUUUCUUAAAAUAUCCAGUGUUGUUGAACCUAGCUUGCAUAAGUACAGUUGUAUUCGUACCCAAGCUAGGCCAGAAUGCACCUUGCUUUAUAUUCCCUAAAAUAUCCAGUGUUGUCGAACCCAGCUUGCGUAAGUAUUUGUACCCAAGCUAGACCAGAAUGCACCUUGCUUUAUAUUUCUUAAAAUAUCCAUAGUGUUGUCAAACCUAGCUUGCGUAAGUAUUUAUACCCAUGCUAGACCAGAAUGCACCUUGUUUUCUAGAACAGAAUGCACCUUGCAACAUUUUCUAAAAUACCCAUAGUGUUCUAAUCUAGGCUUGUGUAAGGGUGAUUGUCUAUCAUACGUAUAGUAUUUGUACCCAAGUUAGACCAGAAUGCACCAUGUUUUUCUUUUCCUGAUAUAAUCAUAGUGGUUUAUUCCUGGUCUAGAUUGGGUAUGCUAUCUUUAUGCAAGCUUAUUUAAAUAAAUAUGAGUUUCAAGAUAAAAGAUGGUAAAAAUAUAAUAAAACCACUUCAAUUUUGCAGAUAUUUAAGAUAAGUAAGUAGCAGUUAUAAGCACAGGAAUACUAAGUUUAUACAUGAUAUAUGUUGACCUAAUUUUGAUAGAAUUUUCAAAUUCUAAAUGUCAUAUGUAUCGGGGAGAAAAGAGGCAAGUAAAUGUUAAGUUCUGCUAAAGCAUGACAUUUCAUGCCUACACUUCCAGAAUCCCUUUCACUAGCUUUUUUUGUUAUUCUAAUGUACACCAUUGUCUUGGUAUUCUCAAAGGAAUCUUAACAUUUGAAUACUAA